AUGUCUUUGGGGCAACGUAUUUCCGGCGCUGUUGCGGUUCUCAGAGGGACCACGACGGAAGCCAAGGAAGGCCACACGUCGUGCACAGAAGAGAUCGAGAAGAUGACGUCCGAGGAAGAGGUCGAGGCUGAAGUGCGACAGCAAGUAACGGCACUCGACAGGUUACAGAUGGUAGUAGAAUGGAUGGGAAGUAACAUGCUUCUGGUAUUGACAAUUGCUGGAGUUUUGGCGGGUUUGGGUCUCGGUUUUUUGGGUCGAUUGGCCAAUCUCUCGCCGCAGUCUAUAACUCUCGUCAGUUUUCCGGGAGAAAUCCUUAUGCGGAUGCUGAAGAUGUUCAUACUGCCACUCAUCAUCUCGUCGCUCAUCUCCGGAAUGGCACAGCUAGAUGUUCAAAGAUCAGGAAGGAUAGGAGUUAGAGCGCUAACGUACUACUCGGUGACGACCAUUCUCGCCGCUAUAGUGGGCAUUGCGAUGGUGUUGAUGAUCCAUCCCGGUAAUCCGCAGAUUAAGACUACGGUCGCGGCGGUAGUGAAGGCCGAAGAGACGAAAGUUUCCACUGUAGACGCGAUUCUCGACAUCAUUCGGAAUAUGGUGCCGGAGAAUCUGGUGCAGGCGUGCUUCCAACAAGUUCAGACCUCCUACGUGAAGAAAAAGGUGGUCGUGAUCGGCUCGAACCAAAGCGAAUACAUAGUGGAGCCGACCUUGGUUUACAAGGAUGGCACGAACGUGAUGGGUAUGAUCGUGUUCUGCAUCCUCUUCGGCGUGCUCGCGGGCCAGAUAGGACCCCGCGGGAAGCUGAUGGUGGACUUUUUCGUGGUGCUGAACGAGAUCAUUAUGAAGCUCGUCACAAUCGUCGUGGUCUGGUACUCUCCGUUCGGAAUUAUGUGCUUGAUAGCUGGAAAAAUCAUGUCGAUCACCAAUCUGGCGGCAACUGCCCAGAUGUUAGGUCUGUACAUGGUGACGGUCGUAUUGGGCCUGAUGAUUCACGCGAUCAUUACAUUGCCAAUAAUUUAUUGGUUUAUGACUCGAAAGAAUCCAGCGGUAUUCUUCAGGGGUAUGAUGCAAGCCUGGGUGACGGCUCUGGGUACGGCUUCGAGCGCAGCGACCUUGCCUCUAACCUUCCGCUGUCUCGAAGAAAACAACAAGAUCGAUCCACGAGUGACACGCUUCGUCGUGGCAGUGGGUGCCACUGUGAAUAUGGAUGGCACGGCCCUUUACGAAGCCGUGGCCGCGAUCUUCAUCGCACAAUUAAACGGAAUCUCAUUAGGAUUCGUUGAAGUCAUUACCGUCAGCCUUACGGCUACCUUGGCGAGCGUCGGAGCCGCGAGCAUCCCCAGCGCUGCAUUGGUCACCAUGCUUUUGGUGCUAACUGCCUUGGGCCUUCCUACGAACGACGUGUCUCUGCUGUUCGCGAUCGACUGGAUGCUGGAUCGGAUCAGGACCUCGAUUAACGUCCUGGGCGACGGUUACGGGGCCGGAAUAGUCUAUCACUUAAGCAAAGCGGAGCUGGACAAAAUGGACGAGGAACGGAGACUGGAGGUCUUGGAAAUCGGAAGCCCCCACGAGAUCGUCGCUGAAGGUUGUAAACGAGGGGAGGCAUCAACACAUGAGCAAACUUCCGAGACGAAAAUUUGAGCUCGCGGACUUCCUCGACCAAGUCGUGUUAUUUAUUGCUAGGAAUGUAAAUCUGUCAGUUCGCAGGAACUAACGCUCGUCCCUGUGUUAAUAUUCGCGACGUACGAUUGACUUUCACUGCCGAAACCGAGUUUCUUCUCGAGUAAAUUAAGUAUUUAAUAUACGUCACAGACGAGUAAUUGUAUUAUUUAAAAUAUAUUUGAUUAUUAAGGAUGCACUGUAGGUGCAGAUAGUGUUUUAUCCAGCGACAUAAAUAUACGAUUCCGUUUAUUUCCGUAGCGAGAGUGGUAGCAGUAACGAAUGAGUCAAAGUAACAAACGCUGAAGUAGAAAGUGCGAGCAUGUAAGUACAAAUCAAGGAAAGUUGUACAUCCAUUUCUUAUUUUUUUCCAAUAUGUGCGAGGAUUCUUCUACGUUAGAGUACAUAUAUAAGGAACAUUAAUGUAUAGUAAAAUAGAAAUAUAGAAUAUGCAGUAAAUUAUUAGAAAUAUAUAUAUCGUCACAUGAGGUUGUUUGUCGUUAAUGAAUGCAUUGAGAGAACAUGAAGAAUUCCGUCGACAGCAUUUAAAAUAUUACGAACGAUUUAGAAAUAUCACGUUACGUAUUAUUUAAUCAUUUUAUUCCAAUACGAUAGUGAUUAGAAAUGAUAAAAAUUGACUAUUUAUAUAAAUGUGUUCAUAAGGCUUGCAUGCACCAGAUAUAUAGGAUUAAUAAUAAUAUUUCACGGAAUAUUAUAUUUAAUUAUUUAAUUAUA